AUGUCCCAGCAAUUCGUUGAAGUGCCUAGCCAUGGUGAACUAUCCGACGAAGAUAGUGGGAAUUAUGAAGAAUGGAUUCCCUCAUUCUGUGCUCGAUUUGGGCAUGAAUACUUCUGUGAGGUACCAACAGAGUUUAUUGAAGAUGAUUUUAAUUUAACUUCUUUAUCCCAAGAAGUUCCACAUUACAGAAAGGCACUUGAUUUGAUAUUGGAUUUGGAAGCCAUUAGUGAAGAGGAAGAAGAAGAAGACGAAGAUAUGGUAGGAGCUAAUAAUGGACAGACAGAUGAACUAGUAAAGAAGAAGGCUCAGGCAGUAAAUAGAAGCAUCAUUGAACAUGCUGCAGAACAAUUGUAUGGUCUAAUUCACGCAAGAUACAUAUUGACCAAACCUGGGUUGCAGGCCAUGGCAGAAAAGUUCGAUCAUAAGGAAUUUGGUACUUGUCCACGUUACCAUUGUGGUGGAAUGCAGUUAUUACCUUGCGGGUUAAGUGAUACUAUAGGCAAAUACACUGUGAGAUUAUAUUGUCCUAGUUGUCAAGAUUUAUAUUUACCACAAUCAUCCAGAUUCCUAUGUUUGGAAGGUGCAUUCUGGGGGACAAGUUUCCCUGGGGUCUUCUUAAAACAUUUCAAAGAAUUGGAAGAUUAUGUUGGUCGUAAGACUAAGAAUAGUUAUGAACUAAAAGUGUUUGGUUUCAAAAUUAAUGAUCGAGCCGUAUCCGGACAGAGAAUGAAAUGGUUAAGACAAUAUCCAAGUAAUGAGGAGGAAUGGGAAGAAUUUGCUAAAUGUGAGUUUGAGAUCCCAAACAUUGAUUGA